CGCGCUAGCCGCACGACCCCCGCCGCCAUCGCCGAGGUGUUCAUCUCGGUGGGGCCACACUGACCAUGCUCAGGAGCUUCUGUCUCCAGCUAAUGUCCUUGGUUUGGAUCCUCUUGGCCCAUCAUCAGCUUGCACAAGGUGAUGACUGCAGUGAGCGCUGUAAUCUUGCCCAUGGCUGCUGUGACCAGGAUGGCAAAUGCAGAUGCGAUCCAGGCUGGGAGGGCAAGUACUGCGAGGAGUGUGUGCGAAUGCCAGGGUGUCUCCAUGGGACAUGCCACCAGCCCUGGCAGUGCAUCUGUCACAGCGGCUGGGCUGGCAAGUUUUGUGACAAAGACAUACACAUCUGCGAACACCAGUCCCCAUGCCAGAAUGGGGCUCAGUGCAUUUAUGACCGAGAUGGGGAGUACUCCUGCCUGUGUCCAGAAGGCUUCCAUGGAAAGGACUGUGAGAUGAAGACAGGGCCAUGUGAGAAGGCAGGGUCUCCGUGCAAGAACGGGGGGCAGUGUCAAGACGAGAAUGGCUUCGCCAGCAACUUCACCUGCCGGUGCCUCGCUGGCUUCAUGGGGGCUUUCUGUGAGAACGAUGUGGAUGACUGCCUGAUGCGUCCCUGUGCCAACGGUGCCACCUGCCAUGACGGGAUCAACCGCUUUUCUUGCCAGUGCCAGGUGGGCUUUGAGGGGCGUUUCUGCACUAUCAACAUCAAUGACUGUGCCAGCCAGCCGUGUAAAAACGGGGCAAAGUGCUACGAUCGCAUCAAUGACUACGACUGCUUGUGUCCUGACCGUUUUACUGGCAAAACCUGUGAGAUCUCCGUCCCUGAGCCCACCUGGGCUCCCCCCUACCACCCUGCGAACCAUGAGAAUGGUGGGGUCAUGAAAAGUACCACCAGUGAGAUGCCAGGGGUGACUCAACUGGAGCCUGUCAGGACUGUGGUCACUGGGAGACGUGUGGCCAACCACAGCGAGAAAGUGCCAGGGGGAGGGUUGUUGAAAAUCUCUGUGAAAGAGGUGGUGACCCAAAGGGACUCAGGGCUAAGUGAAGCCCAGUUGGUGACAGUGUUGGUGUUUGGGAUACUCACUGCCGUGCUGGUCCUCGUCACCGUCCUGUUAAUUCUGAGGAACUGGCAGAGGGGGCGUCGGAGGUCGAACUGGUGCCAAAGCCCUUCGCAGGCUGCAAGAAAGCUCCAAGACCAGGAGUGUCAGGUGGGCAUGCUAAACACAGUCCUGAUCGAGCCCAGAAAAACAACGGAGCUGUGAGGACUCUCAGAGCCAGGCCCUGGCAGGUCAUCAUGCUGGCAAAUCCUUCAAACUGCACCCUGGGGAGCUAUUCUGGUGCAAACUGGGCAGCGGGGAAGGGCUCCCAGAUCAGUGAAAGCAUCAACGAAACCCCAUGGCAUUGAGCAUGGUGUGAUGGCCCUGCCUAGGUCUGAGCCACCUCCCCCUGGCCAGCACAGCCAGCGCCCAUGGGAAUCCAGAGGCAGGCUGCAUCGGGCCAGCCUCUGCGGGGGCACAGCAACGUGCAGGUUGUGGCAGCCCAGGCCAUGCAGCGCUGGUGUCACCCGACACACACUAUCGUGAGCUCUCAAAAAUGGGACUGGUAGCGUGGAGAAGGGGAAGGCCUUCUUGCAAACCCAAAUUCUGCCAGGCCCUUUUAAUUUGUCUCCGUGACUACCAGAAGCAGCUUUACCCUGUUGUUUCUGCUGACAACGGAGUGUUUCUUCUGUGUCCUUUGGGAUCACUAUGUCUGCCUGGGCCUCCUUGCCCCAGUGCUUGAUGGGCUUAUCUCCCAGCUGUUUCUGGAGGCUGUCAUUUGUGCGUUUUGGAUGCCACGUCCCUGGGGAGUGAGUGAACACCCUUAUUUUGUGGCCUUGUGGUUCUGUGAGCCGGUUUGAAGAGACUUUGGUGAUCGAUCAGUCAAGACCCUCUCAUGCUCCUUUUCUGCCCUGUGUGAUGCCCUCUCCUCUUGCUGUUGGAUUUUGGGGUUACAAACACAUUCUGUACCUUCCUCCUGAUGAUCUACGUGUCUUCUCCCCCCACUUACUAAGAUGACAAAGCUCCUUCCUCAUUCCAACGUGUGCUUCCACUUCACCGUUUGCUGAUGGGGGGGAUGGUGCAGGGCCCAUUCUCCUCUGGGGUCCUCAGGACCUGACCUGGUCCUUUUCACAUGCCCUCACAGGCGAAACUGGAGAUGGACAAGGCUGGAGAAGUGCUGGGGGCUGGUUCAGGAGCAAUACAAGAUCCAGAGCCUCAUUUUCCUUCCCAGUCACUCCAAGGAGUGCUGACAAGACUAACCUCAAAUCAGCCAUUGUAGCAUUUCUCCAUACAAGCAAAGGCUAGCUCCUGGCAGUGGAUGUGAGGAUGGGCUACAGGGCCUGGGAUGACCUUUGGAAGCAGAUGUGGCACUGCCUUCUCUGCUAUUAUCAAAGCAUGGCUAAAAGCAGUAAAUGACCAGGUCACCCUUUAUACUAGGUCCCGCUUGUUCUGGUCCAGCAUGCAGCACAGUCUCCCUGCCAGGGCCAGCAUUUUCUGUGCCUUCCCAUGGGCAUGGAGGACUAAGCAGUGGAUCUCUUAAGAAAAAACAAAAACAAAAAAACCCACUACUGGCCUGUAGAGUUGCUAUGCAGGGUUCAAGAUGAUGUGCAAAGAGACGGGGUAGAGGAAUUAGCUCCCAGCCAGGAAGGAGACCUGGGAGAGAGGACUGGGGCUUCAUCAGAAAGAUUAUUUUUUUAAUACAUGGAUGGAUGAUGUACCUUUAUCAAA